CGGCUUGGUCUACCCAUGUGCUUCUUCUAACCCUGGUGUACUUAUAUGAAGUCCAACCUUUGUAUCGCCGUUCCUCGGCUCAAUCCUGCUCUUCUCAAAGUACGCGUUUGCUCAGCCUCCAAUAUGUCCGGACCAGAAACUUGUGCUCCAAUAGUUAUUCCCCCUCUGCACAACACGAUGGGUGCCCUUUUCGUCGGCGUCGCCAUCGCUGGAGCGUUGUGGGGGAUAACCACCAUGCAGACGUAUACUUACUUCAUGAGGUAUUAUGGGAUUGACCGACCUGUCAUCAAUAUCAUGGUCGGCACGGUAUAUGCGCUCGAUACGGUACAUCAGUUCAUGAUAUCCCAUCUCCUUUAUACGUACCUUGUCACGAAUUGGGGAAAUCCUGUCAUUCUCGGGACACUUGUGUGGAGUAUUUUGAUCAUGGUACUCAUGACGGGCUUCAUCGCGGUGAUCGUGCAGCUCUUCCUGGUAUACCGUGUUUGGAUUCUGAGCCACAGAAAUUACUACGUCGUUGGUGUGAUUCUCCUACCCGUAUGCGGUGUAUUCGGCACUACAAUGGCCUACUUUGCUAGAGCGUGGCCCUUUACGACCUUCGCUCAGCUCGCUCUGGUCGGAGGCCUCUCGCGAGCCGUCAAUGUCCUAGGCGCCGUUAGCGACGUGAUUAUCACGGCGGCGUUGUCGUAUUAUCUAUGGAAAUCCAAGUCAGGGAUCAAGCGCACGGACGCCAUCAUGAAUCGGCUCAUUCUAUUUUGUGUGAGGACCGGUCUUUUGACGACGGCCUGUGCGAUUCUGUCUCUCAUCACUAUAUCUGUGUUUCCCACCACGUUCAUCUACAUCACGUUCUACGCAACCCUCGCCCGUUUCUACUCAUUCUCCCUCUUGGCAACAUUAAAUGCACGUGCUGAGUUGGUCCGAAGUCAAGGCGGCUUUGGUUCAUUCGCGACUUCGUUAACACUCGAAGGAGGUAGCAGCUCUUACUCGAGUCGACGCCCUCCGACCGAGCAUAGCAGUUCAGUGCGACACAUUACCAUCAAGCAGGAAACCGAGACCACGCAUGAGUUUGAAAUGAAGUCGCAUCCUUACCAAGUUGGUGGAGGGAAUAAAUCCGUUGCAGUGUAAGAUCUGGUCUGAGGAUCCGAUUCAUGUAUUCUUUGAAGAUAGGACUAGUAUACCAGGUCGUAUAUGGACACGUUUACAAUGCAAAAA